AAAUGUCGACCUUACGUUUUAUGGGCUUAAAAAAAUAAUAAUUUUUAUCUUGCCAUUAUUGGCAAUUGAAAUUUGUUUACGGACAUUUUCAGAGAAAAGUGUACCAUUAACUUUUCUCCAAAAACCAUCUUUUGGGUUAUCAAACAACAACCAAUCUACCAGAAAAUUUAUAUUGCAUUAGACCCAUUCUAAUCACUAAAUUAGUAGUGACUGGUACAUAAUGAAAGGCAUUAAAAUACAAUGUGGAUCUGUAGGUUUACGAAACGACACUUCAUUUCGAAUAAAACGUCAUCUCAACUGAUAUUGGAAUGGAGGUCAAAUCAAAUUUCUUUGUUUCUCAGAGAUGUUCUAGAUUUGAAUGUAAUUAGGGUAUCAGUUAUAAAUUAAAGUGAAUAUUACGAUGCACCCACAGGUACAUAUUUGCUUAUAUAGGCCGUUAGCUUAUCGUGUCUGAGUAUAUUAUAGGGAGAUAAAAAAACUACGUGCUACAUUCAUUGCAGGUACUACCAGUAUCAGUUACAACGUACAAUAUGCCACUAUAGACAGCACAUGUUAAGGAGGCAGAGGCGGGGUGUGUGAAGAUGGAGUCCAGAGAUAUGUGCGUGAAGAUUGAGCCCAGCGUGCCGUGUGUGAAGACAGAGCCGGGAGAGGUAUGUGUGAAGACGGAACCCAGAGAGGUGGUGUAUAUAAAGAUGGAGCCUGGAGAAGAAUCCAGGGAGGCGGUGUGUGUAAAGACGGAGUCAGGAGAGAUGUGUGUGAAGACGGAACCCGAAGCGGAGUGCGAGGAUAGAGUGAGCGCGGCUGCGCGGGCCGGACAUACCGACCAUGAGCUCAAGAAUGACCUCGUGCUGAGCCCCGAGGAGUGCCAACGCCCUCAAGAGCUUCCAGUGUGUUCGGACGGCAGCGAACGGUUUGCGAUAGCUCAUUCCGUGGUGGUCGAGCGCAUUCGCGGCGACGCGACUGUUCUUAGUGGGGAAAAACCAUACAUCUGCGAACUCUGCGACGAACGGUUCAGACAUAAGUCUAUCUUAAGGAAACAUAUACAGCGAACACACUUGCAGACCGGGUCAAAAAAAAUUGCUUGUGAUUCUUCUAGUUCUACACCCCAAGCCAAAUUGCUUGUAUUACAGAAAGAAAAAACACACAAACGAAGUCACCAGAAAGUACACACUGCAGAGAAGCCUUUUCAUCAAUGUAGUUACUGCGACUACAAAGCUCGUAAAAAAUAUCACCUUCAAUGUCAUAUAAGAAUACACACUGGCGAGAAACCUUACACGUGUAACUACUGUGAUUACAAAUGCAGUCAGAAAUCAGCCUUAAAAGGACACCACAUGAUUCAUGCUGGAACAAAGCCAUUUAAGUGUAGCGUUUGCGACUACAGAUGCAGGUUGAAAGCAACCUUGCUAAUACAUCAGAGGAUACACACAGGAGAGAAGCCAUAUACAUGUAGUCUUUGCAACUACAAGGGCAGUGCCAGGGCAAAUUUACGAAAACACGAAAUGACACACACUGGAGAGAAACCAAAAACAUCAUACACAUGUAGUUAUUGCGAUUUCAAGUGCUAUGCUAGUUCAGUGUUACGUAAACACGAAAUGAGACACACUGGCGAAAAGCCUUUUCAGUGUAGUUACUGUGAUAACAAAUUCAGUCAAAAAUCAAACUUACAAAAUCACAUAAGAAUACACACUGGAGAAAAACCAUACAAAUGUAAUCAUUGCGAGUACAAGUGCAGCGAUAGGUCGGCCUUGCGAUCUCACGAAAUGAAACAUACGGGCAGGAAGCCUUUUCAAUGUAGCCACUGUGAUUACAAAUGCCGUAAUAAUUCAAUGUUACGACGCCACCAGAAGACGCAUACUGGGAAGGAGGCUAAAUACGUAAAAAUUACGACUGAAAGUGCAAACUGUACUGUAACAGCACUUGCGAAGAUACCAGAUGAUACACACGGAGGAGAAGCCUUAUAGGCAGGGCCCGUACAUUUCAUUUGUUUAUCUUAAUAUAGUCAGCAAACGAGCAGACGAUCCGCCUGAUGGGAAGCGGUCAUCGUCGCCCAUGGACAUAAGCAACAUCAUAGGAGCCACUUAACACAUUCACUGCCAGAUAAAAAACGGCGCACUACCCCAGAAACCGGUGGUCUAUAGCUGCGUACAAAACAACCCGCCCAGCGGGUUGUCCGGCAUCUGAUCAAAGUUCACGAGCGCCCACUAGGUGGGUUCCCGGCAGUGAAUGUGUUAAGCGUUGCCGCCCCUUGAGAACCCUAAAUAACCCUUUGAACCCUUCCCAUGCCAUUGACGCAAAAAUUACGUAACUUAACAUACAGGGAGU